AUGGAGAGCAACCCGUACGUGUUCAAGAGCCUGGUGCAGAUCUACGAGGAGUACCUGAACCUGAUCAUACACCGCGUGAAGGGCUACAAAGUGCUGAUCCUGGACGACGAGACGAAGACGAUCAUCUCGCUCAUCUUCUCCCAUUCCUACAUCCUGGAAAAGGAAAUCUUCCUCACCUUGAAUUUUAACGACAGCAACAUUUUCGAAGAUGCGACGAGCAGCGGUGGGAAAAGUGACAAAUUUGACUUUAAGAAUUACAAAAUAAAAAAUCUGAAGCAUUUGAAGGCCAUUUUCUUGCUAAGACCGACGCACACCAACAUCCUAAAGUUAAUGAAGGAGCUGAGGAGGCCCAUAUUCCUAGAGUACUACCUCUUCUUCACCAAUGUCUUGAGCGAUAAGUACACAGAGAAGCUAGCCAAAGCGGAUGAAUUUGAAGUCGUUAAGAAUAUCAUGGAGUACUACAUAGAUGCGUAUGUCCUCCAUGAUAAUUUAUUUUCCCUAAAUAUUGACUAUACAUCUUUUUUGUAUAAAAAUGAUGAGCAUUCCCUAUCCGUUGCAGAUAGAGGGAGGAACAGGAGGAGGAGGAAGAAGAAAGGGCCUUUUGUGAAAAGCACUCCAGGUGUGAACCCCACUGAUGGAGGGUACGAUUUCGGGGGAGCAAGAAACAUAUAUGAUAAGCUGACAAUUGAUGAGUUUGGGCUACUUGGGGAAGGAGGAAACGAGGAUGCCUUCUCCAAUGUACAGCUCCAAAAUAGUAGUGACUAUAACGCUAGUACCAUUGCAGAUGAUGAUGUGAGCAACUACUCCAGCUUUGCUCUGUUCGAAAAUCAAGUGGUUCAAAGAAUCGUCGACGGAGUGUUCUCCCUCCUCUGCUCUGUUAAGCAAGUGCCGGACAUCAUCUACAAUAGGAACUCCCCCAUUUGUAAGCACAUAAUUGAUUUGUUAAAAAUUAAAAUGCUGAAAAACGAGUCCGUCUUUUCUGCCGUGUUGGAUUCGUACGAAAGGUACAAUGGGGAGGUGGAGCGGCAGAUCAAAAUGGCUACCCACCAGGGGGAACAUAGCACCUACCAGUUUAAUACCAUCAUGGGGAGUCAACAUGGGAAUAUGGGCACCGAGGGAAACUGCUGCUAUAUGAUUAUUCUAGACAGAAGGGAAGACCCCAUCACCCCGCUGCUAACCCAGUGGACCUACCAAGCGAUGCUGCACGAACUCAUCGGCAUAGAGAAUAACAAAAUAAAUUUGGGCAUCAACUCAGAAGAAUCCCAAAUAGUGAUGUCUUGCAUGUAUGAUGAUUUCUACAAUGAGCAUCUGUUUGACAAUUUUGGAGACCUCGGAAAGGCAGUCAAAACGUAUGUAGAUAUGUACCAAGAGGAGACCUCUCGAAAGAGCAACCUCGAAUCGAUAGAUGACAUUCAGAAGUUCAUAGAGAUCUACCCCAACUAUAAGAAGCUCUCUGGGAACGUUACAAAACAUGUGAACAUCCUCCACAAGUUUGCAGAAGUGGUGGAGAAGAGGCAACUCUUUUACAUGUCCGAGCUUGAGCAGUCCAUCGCCAUUUACCACAAAAAAGGGGAACACUUCAAGCAGGUCAUCGACACGAUUAGAAAUGAGACGUAUACUAACUAUGAUGUGUUGCGCCUGUCCCUGCUGUAUACCCUCAAGUACGAAGACGAAGAAGAAGUCGAGGUCAUCAAAACGGAGCUGACCAAAAGGAACAUUGACAAGGAUCAAGUGCUCCUCAUUGAUGCCUUGCUAAUGUAUGCGAGUGAAGAAGCGAGGAAUAAUCAGCUGUUCAAAGAGCAAACCUUUUUAGACUUUGCAAAAACGACCAUAACGAGAACGAUCAAGGGGACCUCCAACGUUUUUACGUUACACAAAUCGUAUAUUUAUUACCUCAUUGAAGAUUUGAUGAAGGCUAAGUUGGAUAGCCACACGUACACGACGACCAACUUGCUCAACAUAGAGCCCAAUGUGAAUAAGCGGGUCAACUCCAUGAUCGUCUUCUUCAUCGGGGGGGCCACCUACGAGGAGUACCGCGAUUUGCAGUACCUCAGCAAGCGCUACAACAUCUCCUUCCUCCUGGGCGCCACGCAGCUCCACAACUCGCAGUCCUUCCUGGCGGACGCGCUGCAGCUGGUCAAGGACUGA